UUCAGUGGGUGGGGUUUGUUCCUCGGUGGGUGGAGCUCGUACCAAUUGUGGGCGUGGCUUACAACCCAUUCCCCCCUUGGGGAGGCGCUGCAAUGAGCGUGGGCGUGGCUUUUCUUGGAAUGGGCGUGGCUUUUCUCUGAAUGGGCGUGGCUUACCCCGCAUGGGCGUGUCCCCUAGCCCCGCCCCCGGACGGCGCUGAGCCGGAGGCCGCGCCCUGCCUGCACCCCGGGGCUCUGCUGUCCUGGGCCGCCCGGCGCCGCCGCCUGCCCACCAUGGCCGAGGCGCUGGCGCACGGCGCCGACCCCGGCUGGGCCAACGGCGCCGACGGCAACCGCACCCCGCUGCUGGAGGCCGUGGCCGUGAAUUCCCUGCUGGCCUGCGAGUUCCUGCUGCAGAACGGGGCCAGCGUCAACCAGAGCGACAGCCGCGGCCGGGGACCGCUGCACCACGCCACCAUGCUGGGACACACCGGCCUGGCCUGCCUGUUCCUGAAGCGGGGGGCCGACGUCAACGCGGUGGACGCGGACGGGAGGGACCCCCUGACCAUCGCCAUGGACUUGGCCAACGCCGACAUCGUCACCCUGCUGCGAUUGGCCAAGAUGCGAGAGCUGGAGGUGGCCCAGGGACAGACCGGUGACGACACCUACCUCGACAUCUUCCGCGACAUCUCCCUGAUGGCCUCGGACCACCCCGAGAAGCUCGCCCGGACCCCGCCCCCCAAACACUCCUCCCUUUAGCCCCGCCCCCUCUGCAAACCACGCCCCCUCGGCAGAGCCACGCCCCCUCCUGGGGGAGCAGCCAAUGGAAUAAAGCCUUGGUUUGACCAAAAUUCACUUGGGUGAUCUAGAACCAAACCCUACUUGGGUGACCUAGAACCGACCCCGCCCCAAAUCUUCCCCCAAAAUUGGGGGUCCCAAAAUGGAGGAUCCCAA